CUACACCAACGUAUGUAAGAGGCACUCUUUACGCCGUCAAGAUGGGUGGACGACAGCCAUACAUGUACCAGCCGGUCACGCAUGCACCGUUCAACCCAAAAGCAUACUCGCAAUCGCUCGCAAACCCAUCGCCACCACGCCCGAAGCCUGAUGGGCCUCUGAUCCAGUUCAAUCGACACCCAGACAGCUAUAACAAUCUGCCGUACGGAAAGCAUGUCAACGCGAAGCUGAUGAGUCCUGGAAGCAAGAAGAGGAUCUUAGUUGCGAGGAAGAUUCAGCUGGGAUGGCGGACACUACAAUGGUUUGCAGCAUUGGCAGUCUUAGCAUGUGUCGUGAUCAUCAAGGGCGCGCCAGAUACUCAAGGCUGGAUCCUGAGACUGCCGCCUGCUCUUGACCUUGCAGUCUCUACCUACGCGGUCUGGCACCUGUGCAGAGCCCCAACUCACCACCCACCAGCAAGUGCAGCCAGCUACCAUGCGUUCUCUUUGGUGAUGGAUAUUGGCUUGAUUCCAUUUUAUGCAUUUACCAGCAUACUUCUGAAGAACCAAUUCGAGACACCCGCAGACACAGAAGGUAGAUGGCGAACCAUGCUCAACACAACACAGGCGACCAAUACGGUCUUUCAGGUCACUUGGUUGACGGCGAUCGUGGCAGCCGGGCUGCAUGCAGUAUCCCUCUUCAUCAGCGCGUACCUGAUCGUCAUGUUCCGAAAAAUAGCAAAUCUGCCGCCGGAUAUGAACCCUCUGGAGGAUAAUCUGACCAGCCGCAGCAAAUCGAAGCACAAAUACAAAAAUUCCGACCUCUCAGCCCUAAUGGGCGAAGAGAAGAGGUUCAGCGACAUUACAGCCCGCAAAUCAAACACUAGCCUCUCGGACGAGGAUAAUUUGACUUUGCGAAUGUCGCAGACGAGUGAGAAGCUUACGGGGGUGGACAAGCACCGCUCGUCCGGAGUCUCGUUCUUCGCAUCUCGAAAUGGGCAGGCUAACACAUACUCUCCUCACAACCCGGAAACCGCAGCAGCAAAUCAACUGUGGUACAUUCCUGAUCCGAACAUCUACAAGGAACCAGGAGUGGUGUACCAGCAGACCGGCUCGGCACGGCACUCACGAGCGGAUUCUGACUCCGAAUAUGGCCACAGCCGAACGUAUUCCCCCAUGCCAAAUGCACCCCGCAUUGCCAAACGCCAUUCCGCAGCGCCUGCAUCGCCCAUCGCGAUCUAUGAUGAAAAUCACCAAGCCGAGGAGCCGAACUGGGAGAUACUCGAUCAUGACGAGGAAGGAAAUAUUUCCGACGAUUUCGAUCCGUACCGACAGGCGCAGUCCAGAACUGUGGGUAAGUCGACAGGGGGGGUGGUUACCCGAGGCUCAAGCCGGUAUCAACAAGUCGCCCAGAGUGACUCGGAAACCGGCAAUCUUGCUCAUCUGGAUCCAAGCCGGGCUCUCCGCAUGAAUCCUCCCACCCCAGAUCCAGUCCUUCACGUCGAGCAGCAGCCAACUUCACCGCUUGCCCGCCUGUCACGGGGGUACCAUGACGACAAGGAAAACACCGGGGCCGAAUGCGACGAGCGUACGCACACGAUCACCUCUCAAAGCAGCUUUCAUUAUUCCGAGUCUGAGCCGACAACAUCCCAAGUAGGCCAACAGGAGCAGGCGCCGCCUAAGUCGCGCUUCUACACAGAUUUGGCUGCGGCCAUGCGAGGCGUUAGACACCACAACCCUUCAAUCAAGGUUCCAAAGAGCGUCGCCGGCAGCGUGCACACCCACCUCUCGUCCUCGACUGCAACUUCUGGGAGCAAGGCAGUGCCAGCCACCCUGGGCGAUCGACGGAUCAAGCCGUCGGGCACUGUGAUCCGCAAGCCGUUAAAGUCCUAUGACGACGGUCAACAGACAGGCUACACAGUCGCUAAAUCAAGCCCGUCCCGUGUUGUUAGCAGGUCAGGCGUCGACGUAGAUGUGAUGGAAUUUGCUGCAAACGGCGACCUUGGACUGGGCAGCGUGGGAAAGACCAGGAGGGAAGUGAGUGGCAAGGUUGCCGAGGAGGGUAGAGGAGGCGGUCUGUGGCGGCGCAUCAGUGGCCGUGUCCCUUCGAGGUAAACUACGAUGAAUGUGCUCGUAACGCGAUAUAGCAUCGACAUGGCGUUUAACGUAAGUAUCGGGUCUGUGGCGUUUAAUGAAACCGAUGGGAACAUGAUGGAGAGUGUGUUGGCGUUGGCUUUUGGACACCGAACAUGUAUGAGAUGUGGGUAUUAUGUAGUCUGACAAUGCGAACGUGUGUGGCGUGCGAUUGUUGGCUGCCUCAAUGUCCCUGUUGUGAUCUAUGUCGUUGCUCUUGAUCCUGGUGGAUGGUGCUGCAACAUAAUUUGUGUCACGGGAUUGUUCCGAGACGGCU